AUGGGUGCUGCAGAAACAAUAUCUGUGACUGUGGUCUUAAGCUGUGUCUUUCAUCUCACAGGCCUCCUGGUGGGAACUCUGGAUGCCGUUCUCGAUUCCACCUCCAAAGUGGCCCCUUUCCGCAUCUUGCACCAGACUCCGGAUUCCCAAGUGUACUGGACCAUUGCAUGCGGGGCCAGCAGAGAAGAAAUAACAGCUCACUGGGACUGGCUGGAAGAGAACAUUAUGAAAACCCUCUCCGUGUUUGAUUCCAGUGAGGACAUCACCAGCUUUGUUCACGGGAAAAUCAGGGGUUUGAUCGCUGAGGAAAGUAAAGGAUCUUUAAUAAAAGAGGAAGAUCCGGAAAGGUUUCGUGAGGCGCAUAUGAAAUUUGAGAAGUGCUUUGGGCUGGCCGAGCAGGAGAAGCUGGUGACGUACUAUUCCUGCAGCUACUGGAGAGGCCGGGUCCCUUGCCAGGGGUGGCUGUACCUGAGCACCAACUUCCUUAGCUUUUACUCCUUUCUUCUGGGAGCUGAAAUAAAACUCAUCAUCUCCUGGGAUGAAAUCUCAAAACUUGAAAAGACGUCCAACGUGAUUCUGACGGAGAGCAUCCAUGUCUCCUCCCGUGGGGAAGAUCACUACUUCUCUAUGUUUCUCCAUAUCAGUGAAACGUUCCUUCUCAUGGAGCAACUGGCGCUCUACGCUGUCCGAAGGCUCUUUGACAAGGAGACGUUUGAAAACGACCCCGUCUUCUGUGAUCCCUUACAAAUCACCAAGAGGGGCCUUGAGAACCGAGCCCACAGUGAGCAGUUCUGUGCCUUUUUCCGACUGCCCCAAGAGGAGGUCCUUCAGGAAGUCCACGAGUGUUUUUUGUGGGUGCCUUUUAGUCAUUACAACACUCUGGGGAAAAUGUGCGUCUCUGACAACUAUGUCUGCUUUGCCAGCCAGGACGGCUCCUUGUGCUGCGUUGUCAUUCCACUGAGAGAGGUCAUCGCGGUUGAGGUGGCUGACCCGGCCAGCAAAGCCCUCACCGUCGCCGUGAGAGGACAGAGAGCCCUCCGUUUCUCUGAACUGAGGGAUUUUGAACACCUGGCGGUGAAGCUUCGAAGAAAAGCUCACGCUACCACGAGCCCUCAGCAUGGCGUGAGUGCAGAGGUUGCCACUUGCCCGAGCGCGGGUCUUCUCUUGGAGGACUACGAGGGGCAACCCAUGGCCAGCCACAAGGACAGCAGCAAGACCGUUAGCACAGAAGCCCUCAUGACUGUCUUUCACCCUCAGGAUGCAGAGAAUCUGGACUCCAAGAUGCUGAAAGAGAAAAUGAAAGAGCAAUCCUGGAACAUCCUUUUCAUCGAAUGCGGUCGUGGAGUCGGUAUGUUUCGAACGAGGAAGACCCGAGACCUCAUUGUUCGAGGGAUUCCGGAGGUGCUCAGAGGAGAACUGUGGCUUCUGUUCUCAGGUGCUGUGAACGACAUGGCCACCCACCCCGGCUAUUAUGCGGAGCUGGUCGAGACGUCCUUGGGAACGUGCAGUCUGGCGACGGACGAAAUCGAAAGGGAUCUGCGCCGUUCCUUGCCUGAGCAUCCCGCGUUCCAGAGCGACACAGGAAUUUCCGCUCUCCGGAGGGUUCUCACCGCGUACGCUUACCGGAACCCGAAGAUUGGCUAUUGUCAGGCAAUGAAUAUUUUGACCUCAGUCCUGCUCCUUUAUGCCAAAGAAGAGGAAGCUUUCUGGCUCUUAGUCGCCGUGUGCGAAAGGAUGUUGCCGGACUAUUUUAAUCGGCGAAUCAUUGGUGCCUUGGUUGACCAAGCGGUCUUCGAGGAUCUGAUCAGGGACUACCUGCCCCAGCUGACGGAGCACAUGACCGACAUGACGUUCUUCUCCUCCGUCUCCCUCUCGUGGUUCCUCACCCUCUUCAUCAGCGUCCUGCCCAUUGAGAGCGCGGUCAACGUGGUCGACUGUUUCUUCUACGAUGGGAUAAAGGCCAUUUUGCAGCUGGGCUUGGCCGUCCUGGACUACAACAUGGACCGGCUGCUGGCCUGCAAGGACGAUGCCGAAGCGGUCACUGUCCUCAACAGGUUUUUCGACAGCGUCACCAACAAGGACAGUCCACUGCCUCCGUUGGUGCAACAGGCUUCCAGUGGGAACGAAACGAAGAGUCCGCACCCCAAAGUAGACAUCACCGACCUCAUUCGUGAAUCCAAUGAGAAAUACGGUGAAAUCCGAUUUGAGGAGGUUGAGUGCAUGAGGCGCCGUAACCGGCUCUAUGUCAUCCAGACCCUGGAAGUCACUACCAAGCAAAACGUGCUGCGUGUCGUCUCCCAGGAGGUGAAAAUCAGUCCCAGCAACCUGGAGGAACUGUAUGAGUUAUUCAAGAAAGAGCACUUCCUCUCUUGUUACUGGACGGUCAACAGCCCAGCUUUGAAGCACCACGACCCCAGCCUCCCCUACCUGGAGCAGUAUCACAUAGACUGCCAGCAGUUCCGCGUCCUCUACCACUUCCUGAGUCCCUGGGCGGGUUGCGCAAACCGGGACUCCCUUGCUCUGUGGACGUUCCGGUUGCUGGAUGAGAAUCUGGACGGCCUGAUCAACUUCAAGGAGUUUGCCUCUGUUCUUGAUGUCAUGUAUCAUGGAAGUUUUACCCAUAAGCUGAAGCUCCUUUUCAAACUGCACAUCCCCCCAGCUUUCACCGAAGUAGAGUCUCUGAGCCCUUCCAAAGGGGUUCAGCUGUCUAAAGAAGAGCUGAUCCACUUUAGCCAAUUAAAUGUUUCUUCACCCGGGAACAGUGAGGAUGCAGGGUUGUUAAAGAUGAGCCCAGAAAAAGGGAAGGGAAAGAUUGAUAUCCAGGCCUAUCUGAAGCAAUGGCAAGAUGAACUGCUUAAAAAAGAAGAGAGCAUCAGAGAUUUGCCCCGCAUGGACCAGUCCCAAUUCAUACAGUUUUCAAAAACUUUGUACAACUUGUUCCAUGGGGAUCCGGAGGAAGAGUUGCUGUACCGUGCCAUCGCCACCGUCACGAGCCUCCUGCUCAGGAUGGAGGAAGUUGGCCGGAAGCUUCAGAGUCCUGCUUCCCCGUCUGAAGGCCCGACACCUUCCGGGCCUCACUCUGGUGCAGAAGAUGGCAGAAACGUCCGGGAGGCUCAGCUGUCCUUACAGGCCGAAGGCACGGGGGGCAGUCAGAGCAAAGCCAGCCAUGAGUGGUCAUUUGCUUUCGAGCAGAUCCUGGCAUCAUUGCUCAAUGAACCUGCGUUGGUGAGAUUUUUCGAGAAACCGAUAGAUGUCAAAACCAAGUUAGAGCAUGCAAAAGCUGCUCAGCUAAAAGCGAGAGCCCGGGUAUAGCAUAGGCAAGAGGGGUUUCCUCCCUGCUCCACAUCAUCCUCUUUGUUUUGUACAGGACAUGCUCAGAACCGGGAUGCGCCAUUUGCAUUCUGAAUUUAUGUGGCGAGUGGAGGAGUCAGGUCAGUUCCUGUGUAUGCUGUGGAGUUUGUGUCUUUUGCAGAGUUAAGCGCGUCUAGCUUGAAGCACAGUUGCACCUAAUUUUUGUAUUUGACUACACUUGAAGACUUAAAACUCGUCAAUCAGCACGUCCACGCUUGGAGGAAAAUACUACGGCCAGUUUGUAGAAGGCACAGUUGAAGCACGAUUCAGAUUGUUGCGUCUCCUCACUACAGUUUCUGGUUUGUUUGUUCUCUUUGCUUACACUGAAUGUAAUUGUUGGGCACCUUCUCUUAAACGGAAACAUAUUUAUAUCGAUUGAUAUAGGCUGGUUGAAUUUCCAAAGAACCACUUCUUAAACUUUGAAUGUAGGGUUGUGUAGUUCUGUGCGAGAGAUGCCUUAGAGAGUCCAUGGAGUAUGGCUUUUAGAGAAAGUUAUGAGAGCAGAUCUACGUGGUGCUCCUGAUCAGGAUGAUAACUUCUUGUAGCUCCCGGUGGUAACUUUGAGAGUUGAAACCCUCGUGAUUUUCCCACUAGAGAGCUGGCAGAGGUAGGAGUAACUAUUCUGGGAUUGUAGUGCCCUGAAUCCCCCAGCCAUCGUAGCUGUGUUGACUUGGGGAUUCUGGGAAACAUAGUCCAAAGCUGGCAUAAGUGCCCCUCUGAGGACCAAAGGCAUCUUGGCUGAGAUGUUCUAAGGACCAGAACGUUGUCAUUUGGCUUGUUGUCUUCUAAGCAGUUGUUUUGCCCAAACCUCUUCCUGUUGCUUUGAUUGGACCAAAUUUGUGUUAAACCCACUGUUCUAGAAACCAUCUUGCAGCGGCUUCCAGAUCCCUGCUAAGAAAAUGCGGGCAAGAUUACAGGGUUAUAAAGUCCCCUUCUUUGUGCAAACCAUCCAGCGAAGCCUAGUGGAAAGGGAGAGCAGACUGACAUUCUCACACACACAAAGAGAGAGAGAGGUUAGUGCAGACACCCUUGGGCUGAGCUGGAAAGAUCUGCUCUAGGAAUGAAGUGCAAGUGUUUGAAUUAGGUUUCAGAUAAACCUAUGAAAGCCCAUAAGGUCAGUCUUUGGAAAUGCCUCUUAAGGCCACAGAGCAAUUUUACUGUGUUUAUACCCCAUCCCAACUUUUUUCUGAAAACCAGAAUUAACUGGAUGUUAACUUUGGUUUUGGAGGGGGGGAAACACUCUCCACCAAGAACAGGUGGGGGCGGGGGGCUGAAAAGAGAGUGAAAUGAUGAGAGGAUGAGAAGAGGCCUUAUGUAGUGAAACAAAAUCAGGGGGGGGGAUCAGGAGUUGCUGGGGGGGAGCCUGGAGAGGCUGCCUUUUGCCCGCCCCCAUUCUAAGCCAUUUUGAGCACGGCUGGGUAGAUCCGUUUCCUACCAGGGUCUCCUGGUUUGUCACAAGCUUUUGUGGUGCAAACCUAAGCCAGUUUUCAGUACUUUGGUGACUGCCGGGCCCCGCUCCUGGCCAUCGGUGUUGCUGAAUUAUAUAUUGUAGUUCUUAUAGGAAGCGUUUAAAAAUUCACUUGGCUUGCCCCUCUCCCAAACCCAAACCAUGUGAGACAUGUUCCUACAGGAUGGCUCCUGCUGAAUGAAAUUAAUUGAGUACUUAAUGCAGCAGCAAAGUGUCUUAUGAAGCAAAAAAAAUGUAUAUUUUUUAACACGGAACUCGUCUAUGAUGCAUCUAAAUAGGAAAAAUUGAAGUGCUCAGGAAACUUGCUCAUCACAUCAUCAGAAUGGCUCAUGGGUGCAAAAACACCUUGGCUUUUUCUACGCAUGUUCACCAAGAAAGACCCACUUAACCAGUUACAUAAAAGUUCUGUACUGGAGUCUCUUAGGCGCAAUUUUUUUAUAUGCAGACUGACCAGCAUAUUUAUACAGUACAUUGCUAAUUAGACUUCCAGUCUUGAUUGUCAUCAGUAGCAGAGCCACUUGGCUUCACUUUUUGUUUCUCUUAAGAAUACCUAGGCAGGUUGUUUUUUAAAAAGACUUUGAAAAUAUGGAUGUUUUGUGCAGAAACUAUUUGCCUAGCAAAAUGCCCAGUGAUAUUUGCAAGACAAGCAGUUGCUUUUCUGAAUGGAAAAGGGUGUUUGCUUCCCUUCAUCAGAAACCACCCAAGGAAAAAUUAGCUUUCUAAGUAUGAAAGGGAAAAAAAUGACCCUUACUGCCUGAGAUGGAGGAAGAAGCAAAAUCCAUCUGUCCUUUGACAAACGAAUCCGUAUGCUAUGCAAAGUUUAAUCUGAACUCGGUGGCUGGUUCUGUGACUGUAUUGCAAAGCUGUUUUCCUCUUCAUACUGCAAAUGCUUUUGCUGGAAGGACUGACCAGGCUAAAUUCAGUCUAUGCAAAUAAACCUAAGUUGCUGGUUUCCAUCUGCCUUUUUUUCUAUGGAGAAGCGAGCAUUUAAAUUGCAGCCCACACACUGUGCCACUUGCUCUGUACACCUGAAGCUGAGAAAUCAAUGUAUUUGUUAUUGUGAUGCUCCGUGUUUUUAUCCUUCUCAUUGCUCUGAUCCUCACGGAUGAGUCAGGUUUCCCCAGUCUUCAAGGGCGAGGAGAGAAAGAGAGACUGCCUUAAUGUCCUUCUGGAGUUUUUCCUUCCCAGUUCAUGAGGGGUUAAACCAUGUGCGCUGAGACCAAGACCUGCAUCGUUUAAAAAGUUGAAUUGCAUUUGUUGCCCAGUGGUACAUAUUCAAGUAGAUUCCACUGAUUCUUUAUUACUUUAUUACUUCCCUCAAAAUGUGGUUGCUUUUGUUUUGUCUCUUUUUAAGUCAAAGUGUUCCAGGAAGUCACAGAGGAAGCCCAAUCCAGGAAUUACAGCACAUUCUUUCCCACUCAUUGUAAUUUCAAGAAGCAUUCAGGCAGGCUUCCCACUCUGCCAUUCAUGCUGCUUCUGAACAAGGUAGUGGGCUAGGCUCGCUCUUGGGUAUGAAGCCUAGCAGGAAGAUCUUCCCCAGCUUUUCUUCCUAAUACACAAUUUUUCUGCUUGCAAGGAACAUUAUCUUUUCAAACGAUGGGACAGCAUUUUAAAAAGUCCUAACAAAAUCCCACCCCUUGCUUUCUGAAAGAUGUAGAGCCUCUUCGGCUGCUGUAUCCUUUUGUAUUCCAUACUCAGGCUUGGAAAAGAGUUGGUUUUGGGAUUUGUUUGUUUGAUAGGCACUGGCCCCACUCUUCGAAAGAAAAACAAUUUUUAAUUGUGCAUUGAACGGGAUUGUCUCCCCUACUCACCCACCAUCACUCCCAUCUAAAGAGCAAUCUAUUAAAACAGAUAAUGGGUUGCUGCCUGCCACACCAGGCUUGAUAGCAUAAGAGAAGGAUGUCGGCAGCAAAUCAUUUCUUAUAAAAAGCUCCUCUCCUGUUUCCUUUUGUAAACGUGUUCUUGAGAUGGAAUGCUCCUAAAAUCGUUGGCAUUCGUUGUAAGGAGAGGUUGUUGCCUGUUUUUGUGUGGCUUGACUGGUGGGGUGGCAAACAACACGGUCGCUUUUUGGUGCCUUGCUGCCUCCUCUCUGCCUCCCCAGUGCUUUGGGCACUUGCUGCAAUCAGAAUAAUAGUCUGAGUAAGGCCACAGCUCCGUUGCUGUAGUUACUACAUCAUCUCCCUGCACCCGGCCCCCGCUGCGGAUGCUUUUGCAGCUUCGCACAGAAUGCUUGUAGCCAGUGGGCAGAGAAGCAGAGCGGGUCAGCUUUCGAUCCUCCGUAAUGACGAAGUAGUAAAGAAUAAGGUCAUUUGGUACGUAAAUUAGUGUGGGAUGAAAUACAGAGGAUCGAGGUCAUCAGUACUCACUGCUUGAAGCAGAUUGCUGGGCCUGUAACAGAGAAACGGGCAAAUCCUUGUAACAUUUGGGAAAUGGGGAGGGGGGAAAAUAACACAUCAGGAAAUCACUGGAUAUAAAUGCAUGAGUCUCUCUUGAUUAGUAGGAGCAUCUUUCUCCUGCAAUUGUCCAAAAGAUAAAGGUUGCCUGUGGGGAGGGGAGGAGGUGGACAUGGAGAAUUUUAAUGAGCCUGGAUUACCUGGGUGCAGGCGGUGAUCCCAGUGAUUCUGCCUCGGGUUAUUUGAUCAAAAAUGAAUGUAUACUAAUGACUCCAGCAGUAGUUCAUUACUGUCACAUAUAGCCAUGUGAAUGCUUCAUAAAUUGGAUUUUACUUAGGGAAAGCAAGAAAAGCAUUUGGGGAAAACAGCUGAAAAAAAUUCUUCUCUGAAAUGUGCCAUCUCAUUGUCUUAUCAACAAAUAAAUCAUAAACAGCUUCUUAAAAGAAGACAGUUACCUUAUAAGCCAA